ACGUCCUAUCAACGUCUAUAUAUAUAGGGUAUUGUAUUUGCAGCUGCACACAAGAGUUCAUCACUUAAUCUAUUGCUACUGCUUUAUCUUUUAUAUUUAUGCAUAAACGUUGCAUGGCUACGCUAAAACCAAGUCUUGUUUUAGUGUUCAUAGUGGUGACUACGUUGAUGCUUGUGGCAAGUGCAGAAGCUCCUCUUCCUCAUCAUGAGAGUUCAUUCAUACCCAGAAAGAUGGAUAGCGGUCGUAUUUUACGUGAACUAGGAUAUGAUGGAUCGAGACUUGAACAUCACCGGAUGAGGUUCAUGCAAGGGGCAGACCCUCAGAGAGAAUCACCAGGAGGACCAGAUCCGCAGCAUCAUUAGGGGCAUAUGUGUACUCGAUCGUAUAAUAGCUGCUUUAAUCUUAGCUUAAUUAAACUCAUCAUGCAUGGUUUUAAGUUGAUGUUCUUGCAGCUGAGUUAUGUAUGAAAUAGAAUAAUGAAGGAAGAGUUUAUCCGAGUCCUAUAUGAGAUAUAUGUUUUUGUAAUGUAUAUCUAGCAAUAAGAAUAAUUGCAUGCCCCAGUUGUUGAGAAA